CGGUGAACAACAAGUCCAACAUCCUCAACUCCACGUCGGACUCAGACCUCAUGCGUUACCAUACCAUCAGUAAAAUCCCUCAGAUCACCCUGAACUUCGUGGACUUCAGGGCGGACCCCCUCAUCGCGCUGCCCGGGGGGGACAUGGACAUCAUAGCCCCUUGCAAGCUCAUCGACCGCACACACCACGUCACCGAGAAAGUCACUCAGGUGCUGUCACUGGGUGCCGACGUCCUCCCAGAGUACAAGCUCCAGGCACCUCGAAUCCACAAGUGGACCGUCCUCCACUACAGCCCAUUCAAGGCGGUGUGGGACUGGCUCAUCCUGCUGCUGGUCAUCUACACGGCCAUCUUGACCCCUUACUCCGCCGCCUUCCUCCUCCACGACCAGGAAGAGGCAGCCAUGUUGAACUGUGGCUACUCGUGCUCGCCGCUCAACGUGGUCGACCUCAUCGUGGACAUCAUGUUCAUCGUGGACAUUGUCAUCAACUUCAGGACGACAUACGUCAACACUAACGACGAGGUGGUCAGCGCCCCGCUGAGGAUAGCGAUCCACUACUUCAAGGGCUGGUUCCUCAUCGACAUGGUGGCAGCCAUCCCCUUCGACCUGCUCAUCUACCGCAGCGGAGAGGAGACGACCACUCUGAUUGGCCUGCUGAAGACGGCCCGCCUCCUCCGGCUAGUCCGCGUGGCGAGGAAACUGGACCGCUACUCAGAGUAUGGCGCCGCCGUCCUCUUCCUGCUCAUGUGCACGUUCGCCCUCAUCGCCCACUGGCUGGCUUGCAUCUGGUACGCCAUCGGCAGCGUGGAACGCAACGGCAGCAUCGGCUGGCUCCACACGCUGGGCGAGUCGUUGGGGAAACACUACAACAACACGGUGCGGGGCUCGGGCCCCUCCAUAAAGGACAAGUAUGUCACAGCCCUCUAUUUCACCUUCUCCAGUCUGACCAGCGUGGGCUUUGGCAACGUCUCCCCCAACACCAACUCUGAGAAGAUAUUCUCCAUCUGUGUCAUGCUCAUAGGAUCUCUGAUGUACGCCAGUAUUUUUGGUAACGUGUCGGCCAUCAUCCAGAGGUUGUACUCGGGUACGGCCAGGUACCACACCCAGAUGCUGCGGGUCCGAGAGUUCAUCCGUUUCCAUCAGAUCCCCAACCCACUGAGGCAGCGGCUGGAAGAGUACUUCCAACACGCCUGGUCCUACACUAACGGCAUUGAUAUGACCGCUGUGUUGAAGGGGUUCCCAGAGUGUCUCCAGGCUGACAUAUGCCUCCACCUUAACCGUACCCUCCUGGAGAACUGCAAGGCCUUCAAGGGCUCCACGAAGGGCUGUCUGCGGGCCCUGGCCAUGAAGUUCAAGACCACCCACGCCCCGCCUGGCGACACCCUGGUGCACGCCGGCGACGUGCUCACCGCCAUCUACUUCAUCUCCCGUGGCUCCAUCGAGAUCCUCAGAGGCGACGUGGUGGUGGCCAUCUUGGGGAAGAAUGACAUCUUUGGCGAGCCUAUCAACCUGUACGGGCGGGCUGGAAAGUCCAAUGCUGAUGUGAGAGCUCUGACCUACUGUGACCUCCAUAAGAUCCACAGAGAGGACGUCCUGGAGGUGUUAGACAUGUACCCAGAGUUUUCCGACCACUUCUGGAUGAACCUGGAGAUCACCUUUGACCUCCGGGAUGCCAAUAUGAUUCCAGGCUCACCAGAAAGUGACAACUCAGACUGUGUAGGAUUCAACAAACUGCGCAGACGCAAACUAUCCUUCCGGCGCCGGACAGAGAAGGACGACGCCGAUGCAGGAGAGAAUAAAAAGGAGAGAUCCAACAAGCCAGUUCGGCGUAGACGGAAGGAGGCGGCCAGUAAGCAGGGGGUGGGGCUUAAGCCAGACUGGGAGGGACCUCGGAGUUCAGUGUCCACCCACUCCAGCAGUGGCGAGGGGGAGGAGUCUGUGGUCACAUGCCCCGCCCCUCAGUCAGCUCUGCAUGAGAUGUCCCCGGCUCAGGCCACCUCUCUGAUCUUUAGGGACAAUCCCGAGGGGGAGGGGGAGGGGGACCACAAAGGGGGCAACACCUGCAAUGCACUCUCAGGAGCAUUUUCAGGGGUCUCAAAUAUCUUCAGUUUCUGGGGGGAGAGUCGGGGCAGUCGUGAGUACCAGGAGUUGCCUCGCUGCAGCCUGCCAUCCUCCCCGCCUCUCAACAAUAUCAGCCGCAGGCAGCGCACCGAGCUGGACAACAGACUGGACCUGCUGCAGCAACAACUCAACAGGCUGGAAACGAGGAUGUCGACAGACAUCGGGGAGAUCAUGCAGCUACUACAACGUCAGAUGGCCCUUGUGCCCCCAGCCUACAGCACCGUGUUGACUGCCCCUCAGGCCUCCCCCUACCCUGGUCCUGGUCCUGGUCCUGGUCCUGGUCCUGGUCCUGGUCCUGGUCCUGGUCCUGGUCCACUCUCUCAGGGCUUUGAGGAGUUCCCCGGCAAGUCCGCAGCCCUGCGGGCUGUCCGCAGCCCUGCUGAGCUACACCCUGAAAACUGGCCUCUGGUCAGCCCAACUGAGACACGACGAGCCCCCUCUGGACUGGGCAGCCUGGAGCUAGACCUAGGGGUUGAGGAAAGGUUGGGGUCAGGGGUGGGGGCAGGUUCAGGAACAGGGUCAAUGGCAGAGUUGGGGGCAAUUGCAGGGGCGAGUGGACUGGACCCUGAUGCCCAACGGAGGCUCUCUCUGCCUCAGCCACAAAUGCAUCUGGACUCACAGUCACCGAAAAGGCACAGCUCUGACCCUAGGGGGAGCUAAUGAGCAGGGGAGGGAGGAGAAAAUGGACAGAGAGGGAGAAGAGUGGUAUCUCUGUUUUCCCUUCUCUCACGGAGGGGGGGGGGGGGUCCUUCCUUCGACCUCUGGAACCUCACCUACAGGCUCUGAGUGAGCCUCACCUCUGACUUCUAACCUCUGACCUGGGGAGAAACCUUGUUGGGAGAGGGGGGAUGUCUCUCCCUUUCAGGGCUCCCUUCCCCUACCCCGGUUCCUAAAGUUACCACAAGGUUACCACAAGGUUACCAAACCCACGGGCUGGAAGAGAGAGGGGAGCAAGAUCCUCCUGAACUCCACUCUGACCUCUGACCUCUGACCUGGAGAAAUGACUACAGAACACAUGACCGGUUCUGUUCAGAACAUCCCUGUACUGCUCUAUCCAGGAGCCCUGAGCAAGGUCGGUUUCAUUUCGGUUCGAUUAUUAAAAAAUAAUCAACGAUUUCCUCAUUUUUAAAUAUCACUUAUUAACCAUAAUUUAUUCACAUUACUUUACUUUAAUAAAAUAUUUUAGUUGUUGUGUAUAUUACAUUAGUUUUAAUUUGAUGACUUUACUA